AUGGGCUUCGGGCCAAGAGAAUCUCCCAACCCCGGCCUGCUGCGGCCGGGGGGUGACAGAGCCAGCAGCACAGUGGGGUCUUCGGCUUUGUCCCUUGACACCACCAGCUGUCUCGCAGCUUCCUCCCGCAGCAGCAGCAGCAGCAGCAGUAGCAGCAGCAGUAGCAGCAGCAGCAGCAGUAGCAGGAGCAGCACGAGCAGCAAAAGCUGCACCGCUGCUCCCUCCAGCUCCAGCAGCAGCAGCAACAGCAGGCGCUGCAGCGCUAGCCUUGCCAGCUCCAGCCGCAGCAGCAACAGCAGGCGCUGCGACGGUAAUCUUUCGAGCUCCAGAAGCAGCAGCAACAACAGGCCCUGCAGCGCCAAUCUACCUAAAUCCAGCAGCAGAAGCAACAGCGGUGAGCGCCUUCCAAGAGAGCUCGCUAGCUCCAAAGGCAGCAGCAGCAGCAGCAGCAGCAGCAGUAGGCGAAGCAGCAGCAGUCUUUCCAGCUCGAGUUCUAGCAGCACCAGCAACAGCCUCGCCAGCAGCAGCGCCACCAGAAAAACAAGCCUGAGCUCUUCGUCUGCCACAAUUCUGGAAAGCUCUCGUGCUGCCAAGUCGCAAACUGCCUUCCCUCCAAAGUCACAGUCGAAAGAGCAGCAAGUGCAGCAGCAGCAGCAGCAGCAGCAAGAACGAGGGUCUAGGACAACAGCUAGUGGCACGCAGCAGUCCAGCGAGAAAUGUGAAGUUGCCCGUGGCUCUCUGGGUCGCAGCAGCUCAGCAUCUGUGUCUCUCAAAUCAACAGCAAUUGCUGCUGCUGCUCCAACUGCUGCCUUUGCUGCUGCUGCUGCUGCUACUGCUGACACCUUUGGUGCACUUCCGUGCGCAACAUGGGGCUCGUGGGGCAUAUCGGCCAGCAGCCAAUCUUCUAGAGUUAAAGGCAGCAACGACGCCUCCAAGUCUCAAGGUCAGUUCCCCUCAAAGCGGCAGCAGCAACAGCACGGGCAGCAGCAGCAGCAGCAGCAGCAGCACGGAACCGAGGCAAGUAGUGCGGAGCUCACCAACACGAGAAGCUAUAAAAUCCCCAUUCUGAACUUCUUAGGGCACCGGACAUCGGGAGCCGCUUUAAAUACGGCAUCCCUCGAACCCAGACACUUAGUUGUUGUUGUUGCUGCUGCUGCUGCUGCUGCUGCCUUUGCUGCUGCCUCUGCUGAUUCCUUUGCAGCAAUUCCUUGUGCCACCUGGAGCGCAGCCAGCCCCGAGCGCCCAUCUGCCUGCAGCAGAUCUUCCAAAAUGCAGUGCAGCUUUCGUUCCACCAACUCACAAGACCUUCCCCUGUCGCGGCAGCUAGCCGCCAGUCAGCGCUGCAGCAAGAGCAGCAGCAGCAGCAGCAGCAGCAGCAGCAGCCGCAGCAGCUUGCUGCAGGUCUAG